AUGGCUGAAGAUAAAGUCGUGCAAUCAAAAGAAGAACUAGGUCUGGAGAGCAAGAGUUCCACAGACAUAGAGAAAUGUCAAGUCUUAUUCAAGAAGGAGUCUGAUGUCACUGGUCACAAAUCAACAGAGGAGCAAGUUGAAGACACCGAAGGAAACCAGGACUCACGUGACAACAGUUCAUUUGCGGCAGAUAUAAGUGAAGCUACCUUAAGUGAUAAAGGAGGGGAUUUUAAAGCUUCUUCGUCAGUUGCAAACUCGGAGAAAACUGAAGUUUCACCUGCAUCUGGAAAACUGGAGGAUUUGGAGAUCGGAAGCUCCACAGAUACUUUGAAAGGGAAAGACUCGGCAAACCAAGGAAAGGUGAAUUUCGAUGAUGAGCUUUCAUCAGGUCAAUUUGGAUUAAAGGAGGAGUCAGAUAACGGCGACGGCAAGUCAACAGUUGGCCACCAGGCCUCCCCUGUAGAAGCUGAAGGGAGCCUAGACUUUGCUGACAACAUUUCAUCAGGUAGGUUGCAGGAUAAAGUUACAGCAAUCCAAGAAAAAAUGGAUUUGGAUGAUGGAUUUUCCUCAGAUCAUUUUGCAUCUAAGGAGUCAGUUGACGAUGGAAGCAAACCAAAAGUAUUUCAAGACUAUUCUACAUCCAAGAAGGAAUCAAAUGAUGAUGGAAGCAAACCAAAAGGGGCAGCUAAUAGUGAAGCUACCUUAAGUGAUAAAGGAGUGGACUUUAAAGCUUCUUCGUCAGUUGCAGAGUCGGAGAAAACUAAAGUUUCAUCGGCAUCUGGAAAAAUAGAGGAUUUAGAGAUCAGCAGCUAUACAGGGAAAGACUCAGCAAACCAAGAAAAGGUGGAUUUGGAUGGUGGGCUUUCAUCAAGUCAACUGGGAUUCAAGAAUGUGUCAGAUGACCGUGACGGAAAAUCAACAGUUGGUCACCAAGCCUCCCCUGCAGCAGUUGAAGGAAACGUGGACUUUGCUGACAACAGUUCACCAGGUACGGUGCAGGAUAAAGUUACAGCAAUUAAAAAAAAACUGGAUUUGGAUGAUGGACUUUCCUCAGAUCAUUUUGCAUCCAAGAAGGAAUCAGAUGACGAUGGAAGCAAACCAAAAGAUUAUUUUACAUCCAAGAAGGAAUCAAAUGAUGAUGGAAGCAAACCAAAAGGUGACAAAGAGAUAAAUAUGGCAGCUGAUGGAAACCUGGCUGUUGCUGAAGUCGACAAUAGUUCCCCAGUUAUCAAAGAGGCACAAGUUGAGGCAGCUGAAGGAAACGAGGACUUUGCCGUCAACAAUUCGUCAAUUGAGAAAUUGAUUGUUGAUCAGCUUUUAGCAUGUGCCAUUGACACAAACUCGAUGGGGAAGAGUUUGAUUUGUUCAAAAACAGGGUCAUUACAUCGAUUCAACCAAACUGAUACCUUGUUAGUCUAAUCUGUAUGAUACCUUGUUAGUCUAAUCGGUAGGUCUGUCGAUGUGUAUGGAAAUCAAACUGUAUAUUCCAUGAAUUACGCAUUCAUCAAGGGUCCCUAAGUG